AUGCGAAUCGAAGAGUACAAAGGAAGUCGAGCAAGCGACAGUCACUGCCAAGGAAACAGAGAGUUGAAAAAUAGUGACCAUGCAGAGGAACGUAGAAAGAGUCGCAAACCCGCCAAGUAUGUCAGUCGCCAACAAGGGCGAGAUAUGGUUGGACGUCAUACACAUAGCGUCCUUCAGACCGAGUACAAGGAGGAACGCAAAGACAACCCAAGGCGUCAGGGGCAAUCACGGGAAAAUGUUGUAUACUGCAAAUUCCACCGCAGUAACGGCUAUAGUACCGAGGAGUGCAGACAUCUGAAGGAUGAAAUCGAUGAGAUCAUUAACAGUAGAGGUCAAAGAAACACGGGAAGCAACGCCCGAAUCCCAGGAAACAACAGGCGGUAUCGAGAGCGUAGUUGGUCACCAGAUCGAAGAAGGAGCACCCAGCCCAGGUAUCAAACUCGUCGCGGGCGGGAUCGCAGGGAAAGGUCUCCCCCAAUCCGUAAGGCGCAUGACGACCAGAGCAGUAGAGAAAGGCGUGACGGAGGAGACGAAGAUUCAGCAGCCAUUAAACAUGGAGUGAUAAAUAUGAUCUCUGGAGGGCUGGGUGGCGGUGGAGUAACAGUUAAUUCCCGAAAGAGACACUUGAAGCAGUGUCUAGCAGUGGCAGGAAAGACCAUUAGCAAAACGAGCACAGAUGCAGGUCAGGCCAAACCCAAAAUCGUCUGGGACUUCAACGAUUUGGACGAUAUCCUACCUGGCCAUGACGACCCCUUGGUCAUCCACGCAAUCAUUGCCAACUGGAGCGUCAACCGCGUAUUUGUGGAUCAUGGCAGUUCUGCUGACAUUUUGUUUUUGCCUUGUCUUAAAGCUUUGGGUUUUACUGUCAAUGACUUAACACCAGUGGCAGGUGAACUUACAGGGUUUAACGGCACAACCACCAAACCUUUGGGGUUGAUAAACCUACGAUUAUCUCUGGGAACGCCACCUACCUCAAAAUGA